CAAUCCUAAUCCUCACAGACUGCUGAAGUCCGCUCUGGAUGGUGUCAAUCCCUACGGAAUGCCCAACCACUGCUGAGCAUUCAGGAUGUUUAACUGGGUGGUGAAGGUCGUGCCACAUCCUCCUGAUACACAGGACGAUCUGAAGGACGAGCCAAUUACAACGAAUGGGAAAACAUCAAAUCAAGAUAAGUUCAAUUCAUACAAAACAGGCAGGGAGGAAGACCAAUCAUCCCAAACCUCACAGGGGAGUGUUCAGAAUGGCAUGUUGAACUGGCUUUCCAAUGGUUUUGCGAGUGCGCUGCCACAACCUGCAGGGAGUCCUCAUCUUACGAGAGCCAACUCUGAUGCUAAAUCACUGCAGGAGGAAGGCGCUGCUGACAGGGCUAGAGUUAUUGGCUGGAUCUCGCAGGGAAUUGGAAAGGUGGUCCCACAGCCUGAUGAGAAAUACAUAGAGAAAGAGACUCCAGAAUCUGAAGAAGUCACAGAGGUUUAUGUAGCCAAGGACCUCCCAGAUGAAGAGCCUUUGCCACACAUACCAGUAGUAGAGCUAGUGUCAGAAGACGAGGUGUCUGAGGUGGAAAUCCCUGCUCAGUUCCCUCCCAAUGUAAUGAGCUGGAUAAAGAGCGGCUUUCAGAAUGCUAUACCGCACCAUGUGACCAGACCCCCAAAUUCCAAUUCUUCAACACCGAGGUCAUCACAAUGCUCAAACAAAGUAUAUUCACCUCCUCCAGAGUCAGUAACCAGCAUGACGGAGAUUGAUCCAAAAACUCCCAGUAUGGUGGGCUGGAUUGUUCAGGGCCUGGGACUUUCAAUGCCACAGCUGGUGCUUAGAAACAAAGAAUGUUUGGAGGACGAGAGGAUUGUGCAAAAUGGCAGUGCUCGAUCAGUUCCUGCAGAUCUCAUUCUUGAGGAGAUUGACUCUGAAGAUGAGGCUCAAGCAAAGGAAACAUGUCCAGCAGCGAACUCACCUCCAUAUUCACAUCAUCAGUCCCAUCCACAGACGCCUUGGUCACCGGAACAAUCUCUUCCACUCUCACAAGCAAACAUAGAGCUGGAGGACGCAGAGACCCAAACUGCCCGAUGGACGCCCAUGAUCGAGAGCAUCAGGAGGGAGGCGGAGGACACCGCCAUAUUGAUCAUGGAGGAACGGUUGAUACAGGAGCGUCUAGCAAUGGCCCGCAUGGCAGAAGAAGUGGCACGGCACACAGCAGAGAUGGCUGUCAGGGAGUUAACACAGGCCCGGCACGGCAUUCAGACCAUUGCGGAAGAGCCUGAAGAUGUUGAUCAAGAUGUUGAUCAAGAACUACAAGUGUUGCAGGAAGAGGACAGUGAUAUAGAAGUCCCACGGAGUCAAAUUGCAGAGUGUCAAGUACCUUUAGUUAAGGAGUUUGUUCCAGAAGGACGGGAGGCAGAAGCUGUAAACACUGCGUUUGCAGUUGAAACCCCUGUGGAGGAGUUUAAGUCCUCUUCACCUCUUCAGGAGGAACCAGAGCCUGAACCUGAACCUGUAGCACCUGAACCUGUACCUAAACCUGAAGAGCUUCAUGAAGAGGAGGAGCCCAGAGACUCCAGUGUAGCUGAAGAAGAACCUGACCCGAUUACUCAGCAGCCUCAGUCCAUUUCCAGCACCUCCGUUUCACAAACUAAUUCACCGGUGGAGAGUACAUUUACUGAAGAGGAAAGUAGUGUCCCUUCCAGAUGUGAUGCGCUGAAGAGCUGUUCCAUGCGUGUACCAUAUGCAUCACAAGCCCUCAACGAAUUCAACCAGUUCCUGAUAGACAUUGACGUCACCCUGCCCAAAGUGCCUUCCAUGCCCAAUCUGCCCCCUGCUUUGUCUCAGAUCACCCAACAGCUGCCGCCGCUCCCUCCUCAACUGGCACAGCUUCCGCAACAAAUCUCUCAGCUACCCCAACAACUUUCCCAGCGAUUCUCCAAAAUCGCCCCACAAUUCCCCAACCAGACGGUUUUUAGUGCUCCUCAGUUUCCCAGCUUCCCUGUGCAGUUAUCCAGUCUCCCACAACAGCUGUCCAACAUUCCGCAACAAAUAUCAAACCUCCCGCAAAAGUUGUCCAACUUUCCACAAAGGUUCACCAGCAUUCCACGGUUUUCCAUCCUUCCGCAACAGAUCUCCAACAUUCCACAACAACUCUCCAGCAUUCCACAAAAAAUAUCCAGCAUUCCACAAAAGAUAAGCAACAUUCCACAGUGUGCCCAGCAGUGUUACACUAACAUUCAGAGCCGUCUCAACAAACUUAAGCCGGAACAGGAUGCCCAAGGAGCAGCCGCUGAAGACUCCAUCCUAGACCUGCCCAAUGUGCCCUCUUACCCCCGUCUGCCACCCAUCACCCCUUCCAGGCAGUUGUCAGGCGUCUCCAACCCUGCCUUCCACAUUGAGGAUGACCCCACCUCUGCUAGACCCUCAGUGAGCUCCAGACUGAGUGUGCACCCAGCCGUGAAUGUGGAAGAUGUUGAUUCUGACCGAGGGAGAUCUCGCCCUAUACCCCCUAUAAUAAACCCACAGGAUCCCAACCUCAAAACCCUUACUGUGCCUGGUGUCCGUAAAGCCAAUCGAACCAGAGACAGAAAACCACAGACAAUUUGGACCAAGAUCAAGAGACUUUACUCACAAGAUGAUGAGGAAGAGGAGGAGUUAGAAACCUCAGUCCGGGCCUGGCCAAGCCAGAGUAGCAUCUCAAGUGGAGAUGACGGGCUUAAUCAACGGCCAUCCUCUUCUGCCAGCCAGACAAGCACCGUAGUAAACGAGAGAUUACAGGAGCUGGUCAAGCUGUUCAAAGAGAGAACAGAGCGGGUCAAAGAGAAACUGAUCGAUCCAGACAAUUCAGACGAUGAGACACCGCCUGGCUCCCCAGCUAAGCAAGCUCCAGCUCCUCCUCCGGAACCUCCAGCAGAGCAGAAAACCGAGCAGGAGGUGCCCGAGGCCCCCGCCAAGAAAGAAGAUGAGAAAACGAAGCUCCUGUGCUGCAAAAUAAAACCUCAGUCCAGGAUUGCUCGGCUUCUGCAGUAUCGUUUUCCAACAAGCAUCGACCCCUUCACUAAUCUGAUGUACGUACUUUGGCUGUUUUGCGUGUCUUUGGCGUUUAACUGGAGCGCCUGGAUGAUUCCUGUGCGUUGGGCGUUUCCUUAUCAAACACCGGAUAACAUCCAUGUGUGGCUGUUGAUUGACUACUUAUGUGAUGCCGUCUAUAUUCUGGACGUCCUGGCCUUUCAACCCCGACUUCAGUUUGUGCAAGAUGGGGAUAUUGUGAGCGAGAAGAAAGAAAUGAGAAAUAAUUACAUCAAAGCUUUACGAUUCAAGCUGGAUGUUGUCAGUCUACUUCCUCUAGAGCUUCUCUACUUCAAAACAGGGUUUAAUCCACUUCUCCGCUUACCCAGGAUCCUGAAGUUUAUGUCUUUCUUUGAGUUCAACAAGCGUCUUGAAGCUAUCCUGACCAACGCUUAUGUUUACAGAGUCAUUCGAACCACCACCUACCUGCUUUAUGCGGUCCACUGCAAUGCCUGUUUGUACUACUGGGGCUCUUCAUAUGAAGGUCUGGGUUUCUCAGAUUGGGCCUAUGAUGGGACGGGAAAUAGUUACAUUCGCUGCUACUACUUUGCUGUGAAGACUCUGCUGACUAUUGGUGGCCUGCCAGGACCCACAACACUUUUUGAGAUUGUGUUUCAGCUCAUCAAUUACUUUAUUGGAGUGUUUGUGUUCUCCAUCAUGAUUGGUCAGAUGAGAGAUGUUGUGGGUGCAGCUACGGCGGCUCAGACAAACUAUCGUGCCUGUGUGGACAACACAGUUAAAUACAUGGCCUCCUACCGCAUACCUAAAGACGUGCAGAACAGAGUGAAAACCUGGUACAGCUACACGUGGCAGUCCCAAGGCAUGCUGGAUGAACAAGAGCUUCUAGAUCAACUUCCUGAUAAGAUGAGGCUGGAUAUAGCAGUGGAUGUCAGCUUCAACAUUAUCAGCAAAGUGCCACUCUUUCAGGGCUGCGAUAGACAGAUGAUCUUUGACAUGUUGAAGAGGCUCAGAUCAGUGGUGUAUCUUCCAGGAGACUAUGUCUGCAAGAAGGAUGAAGUGGGCCGUGAGAUGUACAUCAUAAAGGCAGGGGAAGUCCAGGUAGUUGGUGGUCCCGAUGGAAAGACUGUGUUUGUGACCCUAAAAGCAGGAGCGGUGUUUGGAGAGGUCAGCUUGCUUGCUGUAGGCGGAGUAAACCGACGAACAGCUAACGUUGUAGCGCGUGGCUUUGCAAACCUACUCAUCCUGACCAAAAAGGACCUGAAUGAUAUCAUUGUGCACUAUCCGGAAUCCCAGAAACUGCUCCGCAAGAAAGCAAAGAAGAUGUUGAUGAAGGAUAAAAAGCCAGCUGAGAAGAAAGAGGAAGAGAAGGAGCCCAUCCCGAUUAUUCCUCCUCGUGCAGAGACGCCCAAACUGUUAAAAGCAGCGCUGGAGAUGACGGUGAAAUCAGGAAUGAAAGGAACAUGGUCCAAACUGAAGGACAGAACCAACAGAUCAAGUGUCUCCUUGCAGCGCUCCGUCUCUUCUUCUGCGACGCCCAACUCACCAGUCCAUGAACCGCACUCGGAGCAAGACGCAGACACACUGUCUCAGAUGUCAGACAGCUCAAUUCAAAUCCCUGCGACCCCCACCGGCACUGGGGAAGGGAAUGUAUUUGCUGAAGAGAACCCAGCUGAGGAGGAAACAAAAUUGCACAGAGGUAAUCCAGCGGCAAAUAAAUAAGCCAUAAUUUGCAGAACACCGUUGUGCUCAGUGUUUAAACUCUGAAGCAGGUCGUGAGGUCAGGUACGGUCACGUAAGUGAACAUCUGGACUGCACAAAACAGUCUUCUCAUCAGGAAGUUUUCUCUUUCAGAAUAUUUAAUAAUAAUCAGAAUAUUAACUAUUUUAUCUACCUGGGGCAUCCGGAUGCUCACAGCUUUUUUUCGGAUGUCAUUUCUAAAAUACUGUACAGAACGGUCGUCUAAUUAUUUUCAUGUUAAUAAAUGACACACAUUAGUUACAUUUAAUAAAAUAGAACAGUUUACAUUUGUUUGCUCCUGCUAUCCAAUACUUAAGUGCCUUAAUAAACCCUGAUCACUGUCAAGCGCUGUACAUAUCUUUUCAAACAGUAUAUUAAGCAGCGCUCAUAUGAGUUCGGAUUCAUUUUUUUUGUUUUUUUUGUAGCAUUUAUGUAAGGUGACCAAACAUCCUGGUGUACAUAUAAAGUAUAUCCUGACAGUUCACUUAUAAAUGUACUGGUUUUAGAAGUGUGGACAGUUUGAAACACUCGAUGUCUAAACUAAAGAUGAUUAAUAUGAUAUGCACAACUACACUGCAAGACAUUUUCUUUUGGAAUUAUUGUUAUUCUUAUCAGGUUGGUUAGUCUCUGUGCAACAUCUGUCUGCUGUGCUGAAGAUAAUAGGUGUGAUCAUUUCAAAGUGUGAAAUACAAACAUUUUUAUGGUAUCUAGAUGUAGGCCUAAAAUUAUUAUUUUUUUAAUGUAUGUACAAUGUUGAAAGAUUUAGGUUUUGGUCAGCUUUUCAGAACCGAGAGCAGGUGGGCAGAAGGUUUGAAAAUGAAAACUGCCUUUUUUAUAUAAACCUUCUCUGAUGACUUGUUUUCCUUGAUGUAUAAGUAUACAACAAACGCUGGGAAGUUAGUUAUGCUUGUUGGACAAUCACAUGGAAAAUAGAAUAAAUACUUUAGAGAGAGCAGCUGAAUAUUAUGCACAAGCUUUAUUUAUUUAUUUAUUUUUUUUUACUUGUGCAAAUUGUGAUAAAUGCUGAAUCUGUUUAUUGUACUGUAUGAUAUUGCUGUUGCACAAUGUUUCAUAUGUUUAGAACAUUCUAAGCAGCUAAAAGUUGUAUGGCCUGAGUAACUACUCUGUAAAUAAUUCAAUAACUGUAGGUCAAAGUUGAGCGAUUUGGAAUGGCAUGGCUAUUGUAAAAUUGUCACAUAAUUAAAGUUAAAUUAUUGUA